CAUGGUUUGUGUUUGCAGGCUGAGCUGAGGGGAGGAGGAAAGAAGUUUGUGUACGGGAAAGCCUGCCGCUGUUUUUCAUGUAGCCCCUCAACAAGUUGAAACAGUGAACCGGAUCAACGUAGCAAGAAACAACAAAACAAACAGCCUAUUAUGGAAAUCCCUGCCAUAAAUCUAAAGGCUAUAGUACUGUUGCACUGGCUGCUUACAGUAUGGGGAUGCAUGGGUUUGAUCCCCAGCUCCUACUCUUGGUCGAACUUCAGUGUUUUAGCAGUUGGGGUCUGGGCCAUUGCACAAAGGGACUCGAUCGAUGCUGUGCUCAUGUUUCUGAUGGGGAUGAUAUUGACAAUAUUGACCGACAUCAUCCAUUUUGGGAUCUAUUAUACACUGAUUGAGCACUCAACGGAUAGGGACCACUUCAGCCAAGGAAUGGCCAUCCUCAGCCUGCUGCUCAAACCUGUGUCCUGCUUCUUUGUUUACCAAAUGUACCGCGAACGUGGAGGAGAUUACAACGUCAACUUUGGUUUCCCCACCGUAUCACGAAACAGAGAUGCCUACCAGUCCAUUGACCAACAGGAUGAGUCCUCCAGCCCAGCAAAUCCCUUCAACCAGGCCCAGAACAGCAACCCAGGAGGCCGCACAUACUGAGAGAACCAGGGGGUGAAUAAUACAGCGUUUUCCUCUGACUUUUUAUGCAACAGUGCCGUGGUCAGGGACAAUUUUUACAGUCGACUCCACAUCGGUCCAUUUGUUUUGUGUAGUUGGUCUGCUGCAGAUUGCAGCACUGAAAACAAAUUGAAAACCGUUAUAGUGGUAAAUCAUUAAUUCUGUGUGGGUUUUAGAACGAAAUGUGGCGUAAUUAAACCCUUUUUAAUUUUUUCUUCAAAGGUGGGAAUGUUUUUUGCUGAGCGGGCACAUCAUUGCUGAAUAAAUGCAGAGGAAAAACUGCGCUACCACUCCCAUGCUGUUUUUACCGGUUACUAUUUUUAGUGGAAAGAUGUGGAAUGGAACUCUUGUGUUUGCAGGAGUUUUGUUAGGUUACUUUUUCCAAGUGAGUCAUUUUUUUUUUUGUUUUUGUUUUAUUAAUGUUACAGACAAUAAGAGUCACAUGUGUUUCUCUUUGUGUUCUGUAAAUUAUUAAACCUGCAGUGCGGAACUUUUGUCUCCCCCUUCUGGCAAUGAGAGGAAUUACAAUCAACAUUUGUCCUCACCAUCGAUUGCUAUGCUUUUUAGACUAUAAUCUGUCCUUUAAAUGCAGAGUUUCUUUUUUUUAUCUGGAGCAUCAGAUAACUUUUUUUUUGUUUUUUCUGCCAUACUCUGACCAUCUCAGUCCCUCUCCUCAGUCUGGUAAACCAGUCAUUAAUGAUUGAUGUAUCAUGCAUCGCUAGCCAGUGCAGAAAUGGCGCCACAGACACCUGAUGUAAAAUUCUGGUGCACUGUAAAUACAGAGAGAUUUACCUGGUGCUCAUAGGCUUUAAUCAGCAUUGUGUGAACUCAUUCUGCAAUGGCUUGAAUGUAACAGAAUGUAAAGUCCCGCACUCCAGCUUUAAGUACUCACGUAUGCAGUAUGUAAUUAUUAUUUCCAGUUAGUCUUUGCUUUACGACACAACAAUGUGUAAAGCAGUGGACGGUUCUUAAUACAACAGUGUCAUGCCUUAGUAAGAAGCUACCUUGUGCCUUUGUACUUCAACUAAUAAGAGCUGUGAAAUCCUUUGACUAAGUUGAAGACAUGAUGACCAAAAUUGAAGUUCUGUUCAUUUAUUCUUGAUGUUGAUCUAUGCAAAACCCAUGGUAAGACCUAUAGUCAUACUUCGCACUGCCACUAUGAAAAAAAAAAAGAGAAAUGUUGAGAUUUUUUUCAAGUGAUUCAGUAAUGAUCGGCUUUGUGUGUACCUCAUUUCAAAUGUAGCUUUAUUACAAACAUUUCACAACACUCAUUUGUAACGUAAAUCCUCUAUCAAUAAAUUGCCGACCUCAUACUGUCA